AGUAGUGGAGUGCGGUUCCCCAUACGCUUUCCCUUAUCACACACUCCCGGAUUCACACAUCCACUCCAUAAAUCAUGAAGUUCCUCAGAAUCUUUUGUUUCUUCACCGCCUGCGUCUUCGCCGUCAGUGCCAAGGAGGACCCUACAGCAGCCUAUGAGGAUCUGCGGCACUUAGCAUCACAAGAGUCUCCAGAUUCCUCGAAAAUCACCGGAAAUGACAACAUGGUAAAGGAGCUGCUGGAGAUGCUGGUGGAAGCAGCGCGCGCCACCUCGUACUCGAAUCUCCUCACUCUCAACGUCACUAACGUCAUCAUCCUGGUCUUCGUCGCCAUCGCCUUCUUCAGCUACUUAGGCUUCAUCGACCUGGGCUUUGGCAGGUCUCUGGGUGUCCCGUCGGAGGUGGAUGUGUCCACAGUCAGCAAAGCGGUGUCCUCCCUCACACCCCUCGUCCAUAAAGCCCUUCAUGCCUACCAGGACCUUCAGACUCCGUGAUAUUUGACGACAUACUGCAGACUUCUCAGGAAUACAAGUUUCAUAUCCCAACAUUUAUGAUUUAUUGUUGGUCCAGUCUUCAAAAUGAUGUGUUUUACACCUCAGGGUUUAUUAUGACAGUACAAGUUACAUCGUCACCAAAGUGUUGAUACACUUUUAACAAAGGGCCGUCGAGUGUAACCUGUUUUUCAUGAGUAGUGAGUCACAGUACGGUAUGUAGCUUUGUCACAACUCACAACCUUGAGAAUAUAUCUCUAUUUAGUAUUUACCCAACUCUCUUAUAGAGCACAUAAUUGGCUUUUAACCAUUUGUGUACGGGGUCCGUCUGUGCUUAAUGAAAUCGUAUGGUGUUGGUUAAAUAAAAUAUAAAAAAAGGCGUCCUCGUAUUGAAGGGGUUAGUGGAAAUUGGUUAUUAAUACCAUCACAGCA